UUUCCGGGUUCCUGCAGAACUUCCUUGCGGGUCUGUCUCCGCCGGACGCGUUGGGCUAGUUUUUUCCCCCUCGGGGGCGCUUCAGUGGCCUCUCGUGCGCUUUUCCAGAUGAGAUUCCUGAAAAUGAGGCCGCGCAGUUUGGUCCGGGGCUUUUCUUUGGGCGCUUUUUCUAAAAGGCAGUGCCACGUAGCCCAGGCAGUGGCUACGAGCUCCUCCCGACCCCCGGGAACACCUUUGGCAAGGACAGAAACUGGAGUCUUUUGUCAAGAACCGCCCCGUAUUGGAAACCCAUACCUGGAAGACGCUUUUCUUCAGCGUUACCUGAAAGCAGUGCUGCCUGCCAAGGCCUGUUUUCUGUAUAUUGUGCUGAGUACUGUUAGGCGGAAUAUUGUCAUUGCCGUUGUUUUAUUGUUUCUGCCCAAAUAAUGCAAGGGAUGAGAUGGAAAAGCAGAUAAGAACCUGCAUGUAAAGGAUUUUAGUUUGGCUUGCACUGUAAAGUCCUGUACCAGUGCAAGAAUGCAAUACUUUUAUGAAUUGCCUUCAUAGAAAUAGGAGAGGGAAAAUUCAAGGUUAACCUAAACAGUGCAGUUAUUUUCUAUUUCCACCACACAUAAAAGAAACCUAAAUGCAUAGAGUUAAGUUUUCACAGAAGCUUUCAUCUGCCGAAGUUCAGAGUUAAACCUGUAAUUCAAUCAAGCACAUUAGUAAAAGCAGAGGAGGUGUUUGCUGAGGUGAGUGUGGACCUUCAGAGGUUUGGGGCUCGUGUGAAGGAUGAAAUUGACUUCCUUGGAGGUGAAUGUGAGUUAAAUCCUCCCAGGCUACAACAGUUUGAUGCUUGGGGAAGGCGUGUGGACCAAAUCAUCACUUGCCCGGCAUGGAAGAGGAUGAAGGAGAUCUCAGCUGAGGAGGGGAUGGUUGCUGAGGCUUAUGAGAGGAGAUACUCCAACUGGAGCCGUAUUCACCAGAUUGCCAAACUGUACCUGUAUGCACCUUCUGCUGCUAUAUUCACAUGUCCUUUGGCCAUGACUGAUGGAGCAGCAAAAGUAAUUCAGUCCCUGGGCUUCCCCAAGCCUCUGGAAGAAGCCUUUGCACACCUGGUAUCACGUGACCCCAGAAGGUUCUGGACCUCUGGCCAGUGGAUGACUGAACGCAAAGGGGGCUCUGAUGUUGCUAGUGGCACAGAGACGGUGGCACAAGAGCUCCAUGAUGGCACCUACAGCCUCCAUGGCUUGAAAUGGUUCGCGUCAGCCAUCGAUUCAGAUAUAACUCUGACACUGGCAAGGAUCAGGACUGCUGACGGGCAAAUCGAGCAGGGCUCCAAAGGUCUGUCUCUGUUCUACCUGAAAAUACGUGACGAGGAAGGGAACUUGAAUGGGAUUGAGAUUCAGCGGCUGAAAGAGAAGCUGGGCACAAGGCAGCUGCCAACGGCCGAACUGCUUCUAGCUGGAGCAAGGGCACACCGGAUCUCUCCAGUGGGCCGGGGUGUGGCCUCCAUUGCCAAAAUGCUGACCAUUACUAGGAUCCAUAAUGCCAUCUCUGCAGCUGCCAACAUGAGAAGAAUGAUCAGCAUGGCACGGGAUUAUGCAACCAAGAGGCGGGCCUUUGGCAAGACCCUUAAGGAGUACCCUGUGCAUAUGCAAACUUUGGCACGUAUGGAGGUGGAAGCCCGAGGAGCAUUCCUUCUGGUGAUGGAAGUGGGGAGGCUGCUUGGCCUGGAAGAAACUGAGAUGGCCACCGAACAAGACCAGCACAUGCUUAGACUGCUGACAUCCGUUGUAAAACUUUACACUGGGAAACAGGUAGUGUUUCAAGGUAGAAGAGGUUUUCCCACCUGGUGCCUGCCAGACAUCCUGGGCACCAGCCACACGAUUGAUGCAUGUUCAGUGGGAGCAAACUCACCACGUAGUUGUAUGUUGCAGGCUGUUGCGGUUGCCUCAGAAGGGCUGGAGUGUUUCGGAGCACAGGGCUUCAUGGAAGACACCGGCCUGGCAGUUUUUCUACGGGAUGCACAAGUGCUACCAAUCUGGGAAGGGACAACAAAUAUCCUCUCCCUGGAUGUUCUGCGCACCCUUGACAAAAGCCAUGGAAGAGUAUUGGAGGCGUUUUUCUCUACUGCCCAGGCCAAGUUGGAGGUGGUUCUUGGCUUCCCUGAAAUGGGACCUUCUGUGCAAAAGGUUCAUGAAGCUCUCCACAAACUCGGGGAUUUCAUUAAGGAAAUCGGCUUAAAGAGGGAAGCUGAGUUGCAGCUUCUUGCAAGAGACUUUGCCUACACUCUCGCAAGAAUUUAUGGAGGAAUUCUCUUACUGGAACAUGCUGCCAGGCCCAAUGCCUCACCCACAGACAUCUCUGCUGCUCAGAGGUGGUGUCACCAGGACCUCUGCCCAGUAGCCCAAGAAGACCAAGCUGGCUCUUACAGUGCUGCAGCAGUUUCCCUGGAUACCUCUUUAGUUUAUGACGGCUAUCCAGUCUCGGGAGAAGAACUGAACUGAGCACAGACCGAGGUGCCAUCCAUUAUGUUGGACUAACUAAGCUGGGAGGCAGAGGUAAUGCUAAGUAGGCCAUGGUAACAGAUGAAAUAAGGGAAUGAUGAGAAAACCCUUCCCCCAGUUCUUCUGAUGUGGCCAUAUGCCAGUUAUGCUACUGAAGGGUAUAUUGAAAUGUAGUUGCCUUGAGUGCCAUUGUAGUGAAUGGGAAGGAUAUAAACUAAAAUCUGGACAGUUUGGGCCAGUGAACUGGCAGGUUCUAUGGCCAACGUGAGCCUUAAGUUCUCUUUAAGUCGAUGCUAAAGGAAUUUUUCUAGUCACCUGGAUGGCCACUUCCUUACUGGGCAAACCACAAAUAAAUUCAAAUCUCAAAUGCUUCUUGCCACAACAUGAAUAUUUAGGUUAUUAGUACAGAGGCUUUGGCAAUGGCUAAGUAAACAUGGUUUAUUCUGUGGAAAUGAGCACUGUAGUUUUGUAUCAUUGGUGAGAAAUUUGAUUUUGUAAGGGCUCCACAACUUGAUAAAUGUUGGUGCAAUGGCAAGCCAUUAGCCCUAGAAUAAAACCAGGCUAUACUCCGGG